AUGGGCGGCGUCGUAUAUGUUCAAGACGCGACGAAGGAUGACUCCAUCCGGAUCGUUCCAGAGGGCGGGCUCGGAUGGUUUCGGCGCAUGCGAAUUUCGAUUAAGGUGACAGUAUUGAUUAAAGAUGCUGAUGCUGAUGCUGAUAUUACUAAGCCCGGUCGACGUACGAUAGGGUGGUUGGUGUGUUAG